GCGAGCCUGCAGUGGAGCGAGAGUGAGUGGAGCUCAGUUCUGUCCAGGAUGGAAGCCGAGGAGGAGCGCGCGCUGCUGUGUCUCAUCGUGCAGCACCUGAAGGACCGCGGCUUCCUGAAGGCCGCCAAGAAGCUGGAGAAACACCUGAGUCAGGUGGAGCAGCUGCAGUACAGCCUGCGCGACGUCUACGUCGGCUGGAUGAGAAUGUGCAGGACUGCUGCUGACUCUGAGAAGAAGGAGGAGCUGAAGCAAGGAGGCGUGACCAAUGGCGAGGAGACUCCCAGCCUCUGUGGAGACCUGGACCCUGCUCCUGCUGCGUUCACUGUCCAGCCUGAGCCGGGUCCCACCAACAACAUAGUCCAGACCGACGAGGAGGUGCUGGACCACAGACCUGAGUCGGUGGUCGUGACCUCCACCUCUGAGAGCGAGCAGGAAGUGACAUCACAAGCUGAACCUGUUCUCCAGCCUCCUGAGGACCACAGCUCCGAGCCUGGAGACUCUGCUCAGGAGGGGCCCUCAGAGCCGCCCUGCAUGGCUGAGCUCCAGGAGGAGGAGCCGCAGAGGGAGCCAGCAGAGCCCGAAGCCCCGCCCCCGGCAGAUCCUGACUUGACUCCUGAGGUGCAGGACCACCAGGACGCAGCAGAGGAUCAGAUGAUGAACUCAGAAGCUUCAGUGGAAGACCAGGCGACGGUGGAGGACGCAGCCACUGCAGAGGAGCUGGGCGUCCUGCCGCCCCCUGAGGCUGGAGAUGGAACUGCAGCAGAAGAAGACACUCCAGAGGAGGUGGCUGAGUUGCCUGAAGACCUGCAGGUGCUCAAGAAGAAGAAGAAGAAGAAAAGGAAGAGCAGGAUGGAGAGUGAGUCACUGAGUACAGAUGCAGCAGCUGCUCCUGAGAGUCUGGACUCAAGCAUGGAGAAGAAGACGGGAGAAGAUGAGGAGCUGACAGAUGAGACUCUGAUCUCUCCAUCCAAGAAGAAAGGGAAGAAGAGGAAGAAGGAGCAGGAAGAGGAGACAAUCUCUCUGUGUGUUGCCAAGGAGCGAGAAGAUGAGGAAGAGGUGGAGGAGCUGGUGAGUCGGGAGAAGAAGAAGAAGAAGAGGAGGAGAGGCGGGAAGAAAGAGGUGCAGUGUGAGGAGCAGCCAGCAGAUGGCGACAGAGACCUGGAGGCGAAGUGUCCGGAUGAAACUCUGAGGCGCUCCAGAAAGAAGCCCAGGCUCAGGAGGAAGAUGAGCCUGAAGAAGAGGAUGAUGCUGAAGAAAGACCUGAGCAGCAGGAAGAGGAAGGUGCACUUGAAGGAGAUCCAGCUGGUGACGGAGGAACCACAGAGGAAGAAGAAGAAGAAGAAGGUGGAGAGAGCAGAGAUGGAGGCAGGAGAGGAGGGUCUGACUCUGCUCGUGAUCUCGUCGGCCAAGAGGAAGAAGAAGAAGCGACCGGCCCCGGAGAGGGAAGAGUUGAGCCUGUCACAGUGAGGCUGAAGAAGAGGUGAGUUAGCUGUCGACCUCUGACCUCCACACCGCCUUCACUGACACCUCUGCUUUGCUGAGCCCAGCUCUCCUCUGGUGAGGGUCGAGGGUUCACUUGUUCACUGUUGAGCCCAGCGUUGGUGAAAUGUUUUAGGCUCCAGCUGUUCUCAGGAAGUGAGGCGCAGCACUUCAGUCUUGAGUUUCCUUCACUGCUGUAAUAAACGUGACCUUCGUCAUCA